GUGCAUGAUUUGAGAAAGUUGAUUUCUGAAAAUAAUCAUUUACCAAUUGAGAAAUUGAGGCUAAUCUUGCGUGGAAAGGUAUUACAUGAUAGCAGAGAUGAAGAUGAUAUACAAAUUCAACUCAAGAACAGUGAUUCGCUAAUUGUUGCUGUCAAACCAAAUCCACCAGCUAAACAUCUUCGCGAUGGAUUUGAUGAUGAUGAUGACUUGAAGUUUCAGUUGCCACAAUCAACAAGUCGAUGGAAGAGAAGGUUAUACUUUUUUCUGCAUGAUAAAUUGAAGCUUCCAGGUAUCCUUUUGAUGGCACUUUUUUCUCUCAGUCUCAAGGUGUGGAUCCUGAUUAUUCUAUGGUUCAUUUUGGCACCUGUUGCACAUAGAUGGGAUCUUGGACCUUUAUAUCUGCUGCCGGAUUAAUGCUCAGAUCCCAGUGAAGAUAUUUCCUUUUUCGUUCUCUCUCUCUCUCUCUCUCUCUCUCUUACCUUUUUUUAUCUCUCUUUUCAUUUUUUUUAUGCAAUUUAUUUUCUUCCCAUUCUGCUUCAACUGCUGCUUGAUUAAUGCCCAAAUUUGAUGUAGAUUGAUUUUGAUAUGGAAAUCUAAUGAAGAUUGAUUUUUCCAGGAUUCGAAUCCCAUGAAGAUCGACUAAUAUGGUUUCCAUGAUUAGAAAUUGAUUUUGAUAUGGAAAUUAAAAGAGUACAAGACAAAAAUAGAAGAUUAGGAAAAGAGAAGGAGAAGUCGAUCAGAUGUUUAAGCUUUAGAAUAGGUUCUUCAAUAGUAGUCAAAUAAUUAUUAAUUCUCUUGUACAAUCUGUUUGUUGAGAUGAAAGAGAAGGAGAAAUCGAUUUAGGGUUCAUAAAGCAAAAGAAAAAGAGAGAGAGCGUGAGAGAAAGAGAAUGAAGGAGAAGUCUAAGUUGGAAGAGAGAGAAAAAUUAGAAAAGAAUUUUCAUUUUAAAAAAAGCAGUGUUAAUUACGUGGCAUUUCAGCCAACAGAAAAUCUCAAUUACAUCAAAAGGCAUUUUACUAUUAUAAAAACAUAAGAUUAGGUAUUUUUAAGUAACAAAUUGAAGUUGGUACCCAUUAAGUGAUUACCCCUAUAAUUUAGGUCAUUCCAGUGAAAUUAACCCCUAUUUCUUACUGUUUUGCUGCCACUAAUUUAAAAUGAUUGAAGUAACAAUGAUAUUUCCUGGAGGGUGCUUUAAAAUCAUGCUUGGCUUCAAACUCUAAAAUUGUUUUGAUCAAUGCUCAAGUAAGAUAUAGCUCUAGUUACUUGGCUUUGUUAAUCCCAACCUCAUACAAUUUUCAAUAAUCAGGCUUAACGACUAAAUUUUUUUUGCCAAUCCAGUUUUGGGUUCUAUUGAAAAAUAUGAGAAAUUGCAAUGGAAAAAAAUACAGGGAUCAUACUGAGGGGACUAUAAUGCGCGCAAUGUUGCAUGAUAUACUCUAACCAUAUUACUUGUAUUUUCUGUGUGAUAAAAAUUUCUUUUAUUCAUUUUUAAUUACUAUUUCUUCCAUCUUGAUUUCUUGUUACAAUGUAUUUUCACUU